CAGUUCCUACAACUGUAUCUCCAGCUACCACUACACCUGAUGUACUUACUACAACAUCCACAACUACAACUCCUGCUGCAACAACUGCUACUCUUACGACCACCACGACUGCAGCACCAUCUUCAACAACUACAACUUUAGCUCAUACGACAACCACUUCAACAGCACCUACUACAAUAUCUGCAGUUCCUACAAUUGUAGCUCCAGCUACCACUACACCUGCUGUACUUACUACAACAGUCACAACUGCAGCUCCUGAUACAACAACUGUAGCUUCUACGUCAACCACAGCAUCUGCCUCUACGAUAACCACUGCAACUCUAGCUAAAACAACGGCUGCUCCAACGACCACUACAUCUCCAGAACCUGCUCUGACAGAACCUACUCCUACUAAUGCUACGAUUUCAGGACCUACCACGACUGCCAGUGCAGCUCUAACUAAAACAACUGCUGCUCCAACGACCACUACAACUCCUGAACCUAUUAUGACAACUGCUGAAGCUCUGACUACACCAACUGCUAUUCUUACGACCACCACGACUGCAGCACCAUCUUCAACAACUACAACUUUAGCUCCUACGACAACCACUUCAACAGCACCUACUACAACACCUGCAGUUCCUACAACUGUAUCUCCAGCUUCCACUACACCUGAUGUACUUACUACAACAUUCAUAACUACAACUCCUGAUACAACAACUGUAGCUUCUACGACAAGCAUAGCAGCUGACUCUACAAUAACCACUGGUGCUAUUACUACAAAACCUGCUGCUCCAAUAACCACUACAACUCCCGAAACUAAUACGACAGAACCUACUCCUACGACUGCUUCGACUGCAGAACCUAUCACGACAGCCACUUUAGCUUCCACGACAAACUCUGCUGUUCUUACGACCGCAACGACUGCAGCACCUUCUACAACAACUACAACUUCAGAUCCGACAACAACCACAACGAAAGCACCUACUACAACACCUGCAGUUCUUACAACUGUAACUUCAGCCACCACGACACCUGAUAUACUUACAAUAACAAUCACAACUGCAGCUCCUGCUACAACAACUGUAGCUUCUACGUCAACCACAGCAUCUGCCUCUACGAUAACCACUGCAAGUCUAGCUAAAACAACGGCUGCUUCAACGACCACUACAUCUCCAGAACCUGCUCUGACAGAACCUACUCCUACUAAUGCUACGAUUGCAGAACCUACCACGACAGCCAGUGCAGCUCUAACUAAAACAACUGCUGCUCCAACGACCACUACAACUCCUGAAACUAUUAUGACAACUGCUGCAGCUCUGACUACACCAACUGAUAUUCUUACGACCACCACGACUGCAGCACCAUCUUCAACAACUACAACUUUAGCUCCUACGACAACCACUUCAACAGCACCUACUACAAUACCUUCAGUUCCUACAAUUGUAGCUCCAGCUACCACUACACCUGCUGUACUUACUACAACAGUCACAACUGCAGCUCCUGAUACAACAACUGUAGCUUCUACGUCAACCACAGCAUCUGCCUCUACGAUUACCACUGCAGCUCUAACUAAAACAACGGCUGCUCCUUCGACCACUACAUCUCCAGAACCUGCUCUGACAGAACAUACUCCUGCUAAUUCUACGACUGCAGAACCUACCACGACAUCCAGUGCAGCUCUAACUAAAACAACUGCUGCUCCAACGACCACUACAACUCCUGAACCUAUUAUGACAACUGCUGCAGCUCUGACUACACCAACUGCUAUUCUUACGACCACCACGACCGCAGCACCAUCUUCAACAACUACAACUUUAGCUCCUACGACAACCACUUCAACAGCACCUACUACAACACCUGCAGUUCCUACAACUGUAUCUCCAGCUUCCACUAAACCUGAUGUACUUACUACAACAUUCAUAACUACAACUCCUGAUACAACAACUGUAGCUUCUACGACAAGCAUAGCAGCUGACUCUACAAUAACCACUGGUGCUAUUACUACAAAACCUGCUGCUCCAAUAACCACUACAACUCCCGAAACUAAUACGACAGAACCUACUCCUACGACUGCUUCGACUGCAGAACCUAUCACGACAGCCACUUUAGCUUCCACGACAAACUCUGCUGUUCAUACGACCGCAACGACUGCAGCACCUUCUUCAACAACUACAACUUCAGAUCCGACAACAACCACAACAAAAGCACCUACUACAACACCUGCAGUUCCCACAACUGUAACUUCAGCGACCACUACAACUGCUGUACUUACUACAACAAUCACAACUGGAGCUCCUGCUACAACUGUAGCUUCUCUGUCAACCACAGCAGCUGCCCCUUUGACAACUACUGCAGCUCCUUUGACAACCACUGCAGCUCUUACGAAAACAACUGUAACUCAUACGACAACAGCUGUUGGUCCUUUGACCACCACAACUGUAGAACCUAUUUUAACAUCUACAUCUGAAGCUACAACAACAACCACAAUUAUAUCAGCUAGUACAGCACCUGCCGUUCCUACAGCAAAUGCCACUUCUACGACAACUGCAGGUCCUACGUCAACUGCAGCUCUUACGACAACUACUGUAGGUCCUACAACCAAUACAACUGAUGCUACUACAACAACUGCAACCACAGGUCCUACUACAAUAAAUAUAGCUCCUACAACAUCAACUGUAGCUCCUACGGCCUCUGUGAUUGCAGAACCUACUACGACAACUCUACCUCCUACGACAACACCUGCAGCUGCUACCACAAUAACUGUAUCUCUUCCAAACACUACAACAGCAGUAAUUAUUACAAAUCCCACAAUUAAAGCUCUUACUACAAUAAAUGUUGCUCCCAUGACAACCACAACAACAACCCCUACAACAACCAGUGCUGUUCUAACUACAACAACUGUGGGUUCAACAACCACUACAUCUGCCGCAUCUCCUACAUCAACCACAACAGCAGCACCUACAACGACAACAGUAGCUUUUACAACAAAUGAAGCUCCUACGUCAAUAAAUGUAGCUCCUAUAUCCACUACACCUGCAGUACAUACUACUGUAGCUUCAAUGCCCACUACAACAGCAGCACCUACAAUGACAACUGAAUCUCUUAUGACCAAUACAAAUGCAGCACCAACUACGACAACUGCCAUUCUUUCUACAACCACAACUACAACUUUUACAAGAACUUCCACUAUCCCUACUACCACCAGCACAAUAGAAACUCCUACUACCGUAACUAUAAUGGCAGCUCCUAUAACCACCACAACUUUAGCUUCUUCUACGACAACCAAAACAUCAGCUGCAAUAAUGACAACUACAAAUACAUCUCCAACAAUCGCAACUCAACCUCUUAAAACCACCUCCAUCAAUGUUGCUUCUAUUACAACAAUUAAUAGUGCAGGCCCUACAAGCACCACCACAACUGGUAGUUCUCAUUCUACGACAACGACUCCAACUGCAGCACCUACAAGUACAACCGCAAUUGUACUUCCUACCUCGACAACCAGAACUGCAACUUAUAACUCAACUUCUAUGGCUUCAGUGACAUCAACAACUAGAUUCGGCACAGUGGGGGUUUUUGUUAAACUGAUAUUCAAGGUCAAAACACCAGUCCCCACUGAGGAUGAUGUCCUUGGUGCCGUCAAGAAGCAAUUGUCUCCUCAAUUCACGACCACUCAAACCACCUUCCAGAAUGCAACUUAUAUCAAACUUACAGAUACUUCAUUUGCCAUCGACCUUGGUUUCAAAAUAACCAAUGUAACACAGGAGUCUCUAAGUAAUAGACUCACACUCACCAAUGAGACCGAAACCCAGAUACAGGAUUCAAUUAACAGACUACUCCAUAAGGUUCUCAGUGAACCAGUCGGCAAACAGUUUCAAUUUCCCAACGCCAAAUUCAUUGCUGAUGGCACUGAAAUCACGGCAAACGUGACGUAUGUUUACAAAGAAGAAGAUGUCAACCACCCUAGUGGUUUUCUACAGGAAGUCUUAAAAGUCUCAGGUCUCCUGACCACCACUGUUGCCCCAAGAAUAACUACCAGCACCACACCACUUCCCACCCUGUUGACUACAGUGACAUCAACAACUAGAUUCGGCACAGUGGGGGUUUUUGUUAAACUGAUAUUCAAGGUCAAAACACCAGUCCCCACUGAGGAUGAUGUCCUUGGUGCCGUCAAGAAGCAAUUGUCUCCUCAAUUCACGACCACUCAAACCACCUUCCAGAAUGCAACUUAUAUCAAACUUACAGAUACUUCAUUUGCCAUCGACCUUGGUUUCAAAAUAACCAAUGUAACGCAGGAGUCUCUAAGUAAUAGACUCACACUCACCAAUGAGACCGAAACCCAGAUACAGGAUUCAAUUAACAGACUACUCCAUAAGGUUCUCAGUGAACCAGUCGGCAAACAGUUUCAAUUUCCCAACGCCAAAUUCAUUGCUGAUGGCACUGAAAUCACGGCAAACGUGACGUAUGUUUACAAAGAAGAAGAUGUCAACCACCCUAGUGGUUUUCUACAGGAAUUCUUAAAAGUCUCAGGUCUCCUGACCACCACUGUUGCCCCAAGAAUAACUACCAGCACCACACCACUUCCCACCCUGUUGACUACAGUGACAUCAACAACUAGAUUCGGCACAGUGGGGGUUUUUGUUAAACUGAUAUUCAAGGUCAAAACACCAGUCCCCACUGAGGAUGAUGUCCUUGGUGCCGUCAAGAAGCAAUUGUCUCCUCAAUUCACGACCACUCAAACCACCUUCCAGAAUGCAACUUAUAUCAAACUUACAGAUACUUCAUUUGCCAUCGACCUUGGUUUCAAAAUAACCAAUGUAACGCAGGAGUCUCUAAGUAAUAGACUCACACUCACCAAUGAGACCAAAAUCCAGAUACAGGAUUCAAUUAACAGACUACUCCAUAAGGUUCUCAGUGAACCAGUCGGCAAACAGUUUCAAUUUCCCAACGCCAAAUUCAUUGCUGAUGGCACUGAAAUCACGGCAAACGUGACGUAUGUUUACAAAGAAGAAGAUGUCAACCACCCUAGUGGUUUUCUACAGGAAUUCUUAAAAGUCUCAGGUCUCCUGACCACCACUGUUGCCCCAAGAAUAACUACCAGCACCACACCACUUCCCACCCUGUUGACUACAGUGACAUCAACAACUAGAUUCGGCACAGUGGGGGUUUUUGUUAAACUGAUAUUCAAGGUCAAAACACCAGUCCCCACUGAGGAUGAUGUCCUUGGUGCCGUCAAGAAGCAAUUGUCUCCUCAAUUCACGACCACUCAAACCACCUUCCAGAAUGCAACUUAUAUCAAACUUACAGAUACUUCAUUUGCCAUCGACCUUGGUUUCAAAAUAACCAAUGUAACGCAGGAGUCUCUAAGUAAUAGACUCACACUCACCAAUGAGACCAAAACCCAGAUACAGGAUUCAAUUAACAGACUACUCCAUAAGGUUCUCAGUGAACCAGUCGGCAAACAGUUUCAAUUUCCCAACGCCAAAUUCAUUGCUGAUGGCACUGAAAUCACGGCAAACGUGACGUAUGUUUACAAAGAAGAAGAUGUCAACCACCCUAGUGGUUUUCUACAGGAAUUCUUAAAAGUCUCAGGUCUCCUGACCACCACUGUUGCCCCAAGAAUAACUACCAGCACCACACCACUUCCCACCCUGUUGACUACAGUGACAUCAACAACUAGAUUCGGCACAGUGGGGGUUUUUGUUAAACUGAUAUUCAAGGUCAAAACACCAGUCCCCACUGAGGAUGAUGUCCUUGGUGCCGUCAAGAAGCAAUUGUCUCCUCAAUUCACGACCACUCAAACCACCUUCCAGAAUGCAACUUAUAUCAAACUUACAGAUACUUCAUUUGCCAUCGACCUUGGUUUCAAAAUAACCAAUGUAACGCAGGAGUCUCUAAGUAAUAGACUCACACUCACCAAUGAGACCAAAAUCCAGAUACAGGAUUCAAUUAACAGACUACUCCAUAAGGUUCUCAGUGAACCAGUCGGCAAACAGUUUCAAUUUCCCAACGCCAAAUUCAUUGCUGAUGGCACUGAAAUCACGGCAAACGUGACGUAUGUUUACAAAGAAGAAGAUGUCAACCACCCUAGUGGUUUUCUACAGGAAUUCUUAAAAGUCUCAGGUCUCCUGACCACCACUGUUGCCCCAAGAAUAACUACCAGCACCACACCACUUCCCACCCUGUUGACUACAGUGACAUCAACAACUAGAUUCGGCACAGUGGGGGUUUUUGUUAAACUGAUAUUCAAGGUCAAAACACCAGUCCCCACUGAGGAUGAUGUCCUUGGUGCCGUCAAGAAGCAAUUGUCUCCUCAAUUCACGACCACUCAAACCACCUUCCAGAAUGCAACUUAUAUCAAACUUACAGAUACUUCAUUUGCCAUCGACCUUGGUUUCAAAAUAACCAAUGUAACGCAGGAGUCUCUAAGUAAUAGACUCACACUCACCAGUGAGACCGAAACCCAGAUACAGGAUUCAAUUAACAGACUACUCCAUAAGGUUCUCAGUGAACCAGUCGGCAAACAGUUUCAAUUUCCCAACGCCAAAUUCAUUGCUGAUGGCACUGAAAUCACGGCAAACGUGACGUAUGUUUACAAAGAAGAAGAUGUCAACCACCCUAGUGGUUUUCUACAGGAAUUCUUAAAAGUCUCAGGUCUCCUGACCACCACUGUUGCCCCAAGAAUAACUACCAGCACCACACCACUUCCCACCCUGUUGACUACAGUGACAUCAACAACUAGAUUCGGCACAGUGGUGGUUUUUGUUAAACUGAUAUUUAAGCUCAAAACACCAGUCCCCACUGAGGAUGAUGUCCUUGGUGCCGUCAAGAAGCAAUUGACUCGUCAAUUCAGGACCACUCAAACCACCUUCCAGAAUGCAACUUAUAUCAAACUUACAGAUACUUCAUUUUCCAUCAACCUUGGUUUCAAAAUAACCAAUGUAACCCUGGAGUCUCUAAGUCAUAGACUCACAUUCACCAACGAGACCUACAUCAAGAUACAGGAUUCAAUUAACAGUCUACUCCAUAAGGUUCUCAGUGAACCAGACGGCAAACAGUUUCAAUUUCCCAACGCCAACUUCAUUGUUGAUGGCACUGAAAUCACGGCAAACGUGACGUAUGUAUACAAAGAGGAAGAUGUCAACCACCCUAGUGGUUUUCUACAGGAAGUCUUAAAAGUCUCAGGUCUCCUCACCACCACUGUUGCCCCAACAACAACUACCAGCACCACACCACUUCCUACCCUUUUACUGACCACUCCUUUCAAUACCACAAGUGUUGGAGGGUUUCCUGGCUGGGCUUUGGCCAUUAUCAUUCCUUGUGGCAUCGCUAUUAUUCUGGUACCCCUGUGGAUCCUGCUAUGUUGUAUGCUAUGUGGCUGCUGUACAGCUGUAAGGAGACGCUGGCACAGACGCAGAUCUUACAAUGUACAGUACACCACCAGAAACGGACUCUUCUGAGGUGACAACACUAACAUCAGUAGGCAACUGUCAUCACAAGAACAGUCAAUUAUCUAUCUAUAUCUGCUAAUCAGGAGGUUUCAUUGGGUACUUGCAUCUAUUUUUUUAACACAAAAAGAAAAUUCAUAAUGGGCUUAAUAAUCCACAGGUGUUUUGUGCAUUGUACAAUUUUUUAUGUUAUACAUCUGGUUGUUAAUCAAAGUUACAGCUGAGCUGAACAGCAUAUAUGUUUAUGUAUUUCUUAGCUAUGUAAUUUAUGUGGUUUCAAGCUGUGCUGUCCACUGACUAAAACAGUUUUCAGUUAUUUAUUGAAUGAAUAAUAAGGUAGAUUAAAAUAUUAAUUUGAGUUUUGUUAUUUCCUCUCUUGAUUAACUAUUAACUAACUUAUUUUCAACUGCAAUACAGUACUUGUUUCUUCAACACACAGUUUGACAAAUGUAAUAAAGACUUUGCAAAUCAG